AUGCUAACUGAACAGACUCGGCACAAACUGGAUCAGGCGCUGAGUCGACUGGAGCUCACUCUACUCGCACAGAUUCAUGUGUUCCUGGACUGGCGUCAAAUUGGGCUGCGCGUCAAUCCACUAAUCAUGGCUAACUGUUCCAAGGCUCGCAAAUCCGCCCCGAGUGGUCAACGCCCACAGGGAUUGCUGCUUGAUCCGGAUUCGGUGGAAGCCUCAAUGAUGAAAGUUCAAUCGUUGAAAAAUGACUGUCCCAGUGGACUGCAAAUCCGAUAUUUGCAACAUGCAACCUAUUUGAAGCCGGCUUGUGUUGUUUUGGGCUUGGACUUUGAUUGA